CCUCCCACCGCCCCUUCCCCGCCCCUCCACCGCGCACGGCGCCGCCGGGAGCCGGGAGCCGGGGGCCGGGGCCAUGCGUGCCGGAGCCCCCGACGGCGCGGCGGCGUGCGCGGCGCUGCACCAUGGCCGCUGAGAACGGCUCGGCGGCGGGCGGCGGCGCGGCCUGGGGGCUGCCCGAUUUCAUCUUCCAGAAGGAGCUGUUUGCUGCCAGAGACACAGACCCCAUGCACAACUUCUCUGCUCAGCCCUGGCAGGCGAAGAUGGCCAACCUGACCUACGACAACUUCACCCUGGGCAACCACUCCGAGGUGGCCAUCCAGCCUCCCACCAACUACAAGACAGUGGAGCUGAUUUUCAUCGCCACGGUCACUGGCUCGCUCAGCCUCGUCACGGUGGUGGGGAACAUCCUGGUGAUGCUGUCCAUCAAGGUGAACCGCCAGCUCCAGACUGUCAACAAUUACUUCCUCUUCAGCCUGGCCUGUGCAGACCUCAUCAUCGGGGUCUUCUCCAUGAACCUCUACACAGUCUACAUCAUCAAAGGCUACUGGCCACUAGGGGCUGUGGUGUGCGACCUGUGGCUGGCCCUGGACUACGUGGUGAGCAAUGCCUCUGUCAUGAACUUGCUCAUCAUCAGCUUUGACCGGUACUUCUGUGUCACCAAGCCCCUGACGUACCCGGCCAGGAGGACCACCAAGAUGGCAGGGCUAAUGAUCGCGUUCGCGUGGGUAUUGUCCUUCAUUCUCUGGGCCCCUGCCAUCUUGUUCUGGCAGUUCAUUGUGGGCAAGAGGACAGUCCCUGAGAGGGAAUGCUACAUCCAGUUCCUCUCCAACCCGGCGGUGACCUUCGGCACGGCCAUCGCUGCUUUCUACCUGCCCGUAGUCAUCAUGACAGUGCUGUACAUCCACAUCUCCCUGGCCAGCAGGAGCAGGGUGGGGAGGCACAAGCCUGAAAGCAGGAAAGAUAGGAAAGGCAGGUCCCUCAGCUUCUUCAAGGCCCCCCUGAUCAAACAGAACAACAAUAACUCCCCCAAGAGGGCCACAGAGGUGAAGGAGGAGGUGAGGAACGGCAAAGUGGAUGACCAGACUUCAGCACAGACAGAAGGCACUGGCCAUCAGGAGGAGAAGGAGACAUCCAACGAGUCCAGCACUGUCAGCAUGACCCAGACCACAAAAGACAAGCCCACAGCGGAGAUCUUGCCAGCAGCACAAAGUCAGAGCCCGUCCCACCGCCGGACGAACCCGACUUCCAAGUGGUCCAAGAUUAAGAUCGUCACCAAGCAGAGCGGGUCUGAAUGUGUCACUGCCAUCGAGAUUGUCCCCGGGAAGGGAGGAGCCUCUGACCGCAACUCGCUGGCCAACAGCCGCCCGGCCAAUGUUGCCAGGAAGUUUGCCAGCAUCGCCAGGAGCCAGGUACGGAAGAAGCGGCAGAUGGCAGCCCGGGAGAAGAAGGUCACCCGCACCAUAUUUGCCAUCCUGCUGGCCUUCAUGGUCACGUGGACUCCGUACAAUGUGAUGGUCCUCAUCAACACCUUCUGCGAGACCUGUGUACCCGAAACAGUGUGGUCCAUCGGCUACUGGCUCUGCUACGUCAACAGCACCAUCAACCCAGCCUGCUAUGCCCUCUGCAAUGCCACGUUCAAGAAAACCUUCAAGCACCUUCUCCUGUGCCAGUACAGGAACAUUGGCACAGCCAGAUAAACUGGCACUCAGGGACCACUCUUCAGUAAGGUUAUGGAAGCCCUUCCCUUUGCCUCCUUUGCCAGGGGGUGUCCUCUGCUCCCCACUCACAACAGUGCAGACUGUGCAGUGAUUGCAGAUGAUGCUCUUCAUCCAGUGCUGACAAAGGUCCAAGACACCGCUGAGCUGCAGCUCCUUCCAGUCACACUGGGCCUGGGGACUAGCCUGGGGAGCCAGCAGGAAAGCCAGAGGCAAGAGGAGGAGAUGUGGUCACCAGGAGCCCUCCCCAGUAUCCUGCUCUUGAGAGGUUAGCCAAAUGGCAUCAGUGUUUGUCCUAAGACUGGAUGCCUCUUCUCCCCCCUGGAUGACCAUCUCCAGGACAUCAGAGCUUGUCUGCAUGCAGACGGCCCAAUGCUGGAUGCUUUCAAUAGGCUUUUAAACCCUUUAUUACCCAAGAAAUGACAGGGCCAAAUAUUUGCCAGCAUCUUGGACCAGGCUGGCUCAAGCAUGGACACAGGGAGUCCUGCUGGCCCAGCCAGGCCUCCUCCCAAAGCAGUCAAGAUUGCACCCUACCAGAUGUGGCAAGCUCUUUCCUCUCCCUUGAGAGAUACCAUCAGACAUCCUCACCAAGGGGACCGUGGGGGGGAUUGUUCCCUGGACUUCGUCUCCGCUCUCCCCUUCAUGCCCUUUCUGCCUUCAGCCAGCAACUGGCUGGACAGACAGACAAACCAAGUGUCUCACUCCUGGUGAGGAGCAUGAAACCCAGUCUCCUCCUUCAACAAUGGAAACUAAACUGCAAAGAAAAGCAGUGGUGUGGUGCAGGACUUCAAAGCCCCGAGGGAAGGUGGCCCUUGAGAAGUGGGCAGCAGUGACUGAAAGUAACUGUCCUUGGGAGAGAUGGGGGGUCAGGAAGAGGGUCUGCAAUGUGGUCGAGGUGCCCUGUGUCUCAUCAGGGCCAGAAGCAAGCCCCAGCUCUCCCCAUGGUGGGUGUUGGAGGCCUAAUGCACAGCUUUGGGGAUGGCCCCCAGCCCCACAGGGUGGAUCCCAGAGAGGCCAAAGGAGCCAGCUGCUGAGCUUUGUAAAUGGACAUAACCCUGUCGUUGGUGUUGUGGUGGAGCCCUCAGCAUGCGGGCUUCACCCAGCACCUCCUGCCCCAUCCCACCGGUGUGUGCAGCCCAGGAAUGCUCCUCAGCCUGUCCCAAAGCCGGGUCUCUGCAAGCCUUGGUAGACACGGCCGGGUGCAGGUGAGGGAUGGAGCCACACUGACACUGGCAAACACUGUGUCCAUAUGUCCUUCCUGUCCCCAUGCCAGGGCGAUGCUGUGCAAGCUGGAGCAAGGCUGCUGCAGCGCAGACAGACACCCCGCCACUGCCGUUAGCACCAGUCACAUAGCUGUGCCCAGAGCGCCUGGUGGGCUUUGGGGUUUGGGAUUUUUAAACUGUUACAACCACAGCCCAGCCCACCUUGAUGAAUAAAGACCUUGGACCAGAAACCCA